AUGUCUGGUCCCACUCUUGAUGAAAUACACCAGCUAGCAGAUGUUACAGCAUCGCAGCUUGCACCAUCUUUGAUGCCUGGUCAGAGUCAAACUAAAGCAGCUGAAUUUGAAGCUCAAAGUGCUUCUGUUCUUCAACAGAAGGUGAAGAAGACAUUAGAUUUCUUGUCUUCAAUCGACUUGACACUGCUGGAUUUUUUUUCUGCUCUUGUGAGCCCAUGGAACUCCGGAAACGUCUUCACGGAUUUUCAAAAGCAUCUUUUUUGCUCCUCAUCUAAACGUUUUGAGGGUCUGCUUGACCUGCUGUGGUCGCACCCAAAGGCAAACAAAAAGUUCAUGAACUGGAUGUAUCCACAUGGUCUUCGUCUUGUGUUAGACCGUGUAUAUGAUGAGAUGGACAAUGUGAAGGAGCACUUCAGUAUGACAUCCAGCCUUGUAACGCCGGAGUUUCUAUCAUCAUGGAAUAUUCAGGAUGCGCUCUCUGCAGUGAACACUGCCAAAACCUCAGCCUCGAGACCAGGUACAGAUCAUCCCCACCACUCGCAAUCUCCUUCACCUCACAGGGUCUGGGCAAUCGGCACCGAUCAGGACAACCUGGCCCAGGUGCCCCAGACUUUUGACCUCCCAUUGACCUGA